GGCAGGAACGGGCAAGGCCGCGGCCCCGAUACCGGCAGCUCAUCCCACCACAACCAGGGCAGGGCAGAGCUUCAUCCCAGCAACCUGCCGCUGUUCCGGCAGCAUUCCCAGCCGGAUUAUCUGCUCCUCGGUGCCUCCGGAGCGGUGCUGGCUGCUGGAUGACCAGGAAACACUUGCAGAAAGCGGGAAGGCUGCAGCUCCUCGGGACAAUUCGGCAGCAAACAGGCACCGGGGAUUAGUCUGAAGGUGUUUCACCAGCCGCGCUCCUCCCUGGCUUCGGAUCCGGCGUUGCUGAGCAGAUCCAGCCCACUCUGAGCUGCCAGGACGGGGUCAGCCCCUCUGUGGCUUAACCAAGCCCUCCACCCACCCUUCUGGGGAGGGAUUUUUCGGGUUGGAAAACGCCAGGAAUUGGAACUGUGGGAGAUGAUUCCGAAACACCCAGCCCAGGCCGCCGAACCGCUGGUGCCGCCACGGCAAAGCUUUGGGAUACAGGAAUAAACCUCCCCCUUUUGCCCGGGGGGGGGAUGCUGGUGGAGGAGCUGGCAACUCCAUACUCCGUUCCCAGUGGGAUUGGCUCCAUCCUUUGGCCAAAUCCCCGGCCAUGGCGGAGCACCCGGAGCUGGUGGCGGAGAUGCCGGCGGUGGCUCGACUCAGCACCCCGGAGAGGCUGAAACACGCCCAGAAGCGCCGAGCCCAGCAGCUCAAGAAAUGGGCCCAGGCUGAGAAGGAGUCACAGGGAUCCAAGGUGGGAGCUGAGAGGAAGAGGAGGAAGAGGAGCGAUGGCAACACCAAAAGGGUGACGUUCCCUGCCAGCGUCCAGCUGCUGGAGGCGGCCGCCCGGCAUGAUGCUGAGGAAGUCCGGCACUUCCUGGCCAGCGGGAUCAGCCCCGACCUCUGCAACGAGGAUGGCCUCACAGCCCUGCACCAGUGCUGCAUCGACGAUGCAGGCAAGGUGGUGCCGGUGCUGCUGGAUGCCGGCGCCGACGUCAACGCCCGCGACAGCGAGCUCUGGACCCCGCUGCACGCCGCCGCCACCUGCGGCCACCUGCACCUGGUCCGGCUCCUCAUCCAACGCGGUGCCGAUCUUCUGGCCACCAACUCCGACGGCAACAUGCCCUACGACCUCUGCGAGGACGAGCUGACCCUGGACUGCCUGGAGAGCGCCAUGGCCGAGCAGGGAAUCACCCAGGAGAAGAUCGAGGAGGCUCGGGGGGCCACCGAGAGGGAGAUGAUGGUGGAGAUCGGGCAGCUGGUGGAAGCUGGAGCUGAUCUGGAUGCGCCGAGAGGACACGGAGCCACUUUGCUCCACAUCACGGCCGCCAACGGCUACGCGGAGGCCGCCGAGCUGCUGCUGGAGCACCAGGCCAGCGUCGGCAGCAGGGACGAGGACGGGUGGCAGCCGCUCCACGCCGCGGCCUGCUGGGGACAGGUGCAGAUGGUGGAGCUGCUGGUGGCCCAUGGCGCCGAUCUCAACGGUAAAUCGGUGCUGGAUGAGACCCCCUUGGAUGUCUGCGGUGACGAGGAGGUGAGGGCCAAGCUGCUGGAGCUGAAGCACAAGCACGAGGCCGUGAUGAGGUCCCACCACAGGCACAAAUCCCUCCUCCAGCGCCGCACCUCCAGCGCCGGCAGCCGCGGGAAGGUGGUGCGGAGGGUGAGCGUCUCGGAGCGCUCCAGCCUGUACCGGCGGGAGCACGAGCGGGAGGCCAUCGUCUGGCAGCGAGCCGCCCGGCGCGACAGCGCCGAGGACGACGACGACGGCCAGACCGACGCCGAGCUGCGGCGCCGCGCUGCUGCUGACCCCCCGGCCCCCUCCCCUCCCCGCAACGGCUCCGCGCUCUGCACCCACGGCCCUGGCACCGGCGCCACCGUUCACCCGGUACCGGAUCCAGCGCCGCGCCACCACCUGCCUGCCACCCUCCCCGACCUCAAGCGGCACCGCGCGGCCACCAAGCUCCAGCACCUGCCUGGAGGGGACGCAGCCACACCUAUGGGCAGGGGCGACACGGGUGACACUGGCGGUACCGGUGUCGCCGGUGGCGCCGGGGAUGGCGCCGGCGAGCCUCCGCUCCUCAAACUGACGGCGCCGGCCGAGGAGCCGCCGGCACAGAAGCAGCGCUGCUGUAAGGUGAUGUGAGCGCCCGUGGGUGCCCCCCACACCCUUAAUUUUUGGCCUCUUUUGGCCUUUCUCACCCCAAAAAGUGCCUCUGACCACC